AUGCAUCCCUCCCUCCGUCUUCUCACUGCGCGCCUGCCCGCCUUCUCCCCCACGGGUCUGACGGGCCUCCUCACACACCCGAACCCCCGCCCCACGCUUAUCGCCCUCUACAACCACACCCUCACGCUCCUCUCCCGCCUCCCCGCUCACUCGGUCUACCGCCAGUCCGUCGAGAACCUCACCCGCCACCGCCUCGCCAUCAUCUCCUCGGUCCAGCCCGAGGGCCUCGAGGAAUACCAGCAGCAGAUAGCUGCCCUCAAGCAGCAGCACAAGAUCGGCACCGCAGGCACCACCGCCGACGAACUCGACAUCGUCGUCAAGCAGGCCCGCGUCCUGCUCGACGCCUUCGCCUCCGAGCACAUCCCCACGGACAAGAACAUCCGCGAGUACCACGCCAACGAGCACCGCCGGUGGACGUACCCGCGCGGGACCGGCGCGCCGCCGCCAAAGCACGGCGAGGCGGCGCAGCCCAUGGAGACGGCGGUUGUGGGCGGUGGGGACACCACGCCCUUUUUGCCGGUGGAGCCGCCGUUGACGGCGGAGCAGGUGGCGGAGGUGGAGGCGCAGUUUGGCGGCGGCCUCAUUGAGGAGGUGGUGGACCAGGGGUGGGCGGAGCUGAAGUUGGUGAGCGCGAUGGAGGAAGCGAGGGUGUGGGAGGAGUUGGAGGUUGUGCCGGGGGAGGGGCAGUGGGUGGGGUUUGAGAGGAAGCCGUAG